ACAUUUUGUUCAUUAACAAAUUCAACAGUAAUCAAUGCACAAAGAGUUUUUGAUGCUACAGAAUGGAUUACAACUAUAACACCAUCUCAUCGAAUAUUUAAUAAUCGUGCAUAUACACGUAUUCAAUGUCCUUGUUUACGUAUCUCAAUUCCUUAUCAAACAUUAAUAACAAUUAAAUUUGAUUUACAUCAAAUAUGUCAAAGUGAUUUUGUAUCGUUAUCAUGGCUUGAUUUAAAAUUUAGUGAUGGUAAUUGGUCAAUUUAUGAUCAACGUGAUU